AUGUCGAAUAUUGCCGCUCAAGACAAGAAGUCGUCAGAUGUCAAGUUGCUAUCCAAGACUGAAACGAUGCAAAUGGUAUUUGACGAGCUUCGGUCGUAUAGACCAAAACCGCUCGAGAGUUGUGAUUUCUGUAGAUUGCCGCUGCAUAGUAGAUUUAUAUCGUUACCGAAUAUGGCUAAUUCCGCGGCCGAAGCACCUACAGAGGUCGGUUGGAAAUCCAUACCCAACUUGAUGGUACCGGCUGUCGACGAUCGCCGGUCGAAUAUGCUGAAACCGUCGGUAAGCAGCGACGUCCUUAGUUUCCCGGUGAACAAUAGAUCUGCGUCUUUACCUAAUGUGGCCGCGCGUGAAAAUUCCUCGGGCGACGCUCCCGAAACUCAAUUGUCGUUCGGUACGUCGUCCGCGGGGUUGCCCGUUUCGACGGAUUCGCCAUCACGUGCCGAAUCGUCUUUUUUGGCGUUGAUGCCACCUGCCACUGCAGAAGAUGACUGCCGGAUCAAAACGCCGUUAUCCGUCGCGUCGCCGUUGCCACCGGUAGAAGCCGGAGUAACGGAUACGGUAACCAGCAGUGACCGUUUUGACGCGGGGACGGACAUGGCGGUAACAACGGUCACGCCAAGACGUCCGCGCCGUUCACUUUGGAACCGGACGAAGCGGUUCGUCAGGAGUGUGUUUUGUUGUGGGGCUGUCGACUGCGCAGACGAAUAGGGCUUAUAAUAUGGUUUUAUUACGA